AUAUUAUUUUUGCGACAAAGUAGGUCGAAUACACAUUUUUGACAACUCAUAUGAAGACAAAGGUUCAAGUAAUGUGUUGAAGUUAUUUUAAAUAUCAGAACAAAGAGGUUUAAAACAGAAACUGUGAUUAAAAUUACCUGAUUAUGGUACAUUUUACGUUUGCUGUUUACUUUUCUAUUAUCUUCCUUUUACUGAUUAGGUGCGGGGCAAAUGUGAUUAUUCUGAUAAAUGACAUACAUGAACACCCUGGAGUUUAGCCUGUUAGAUAAUGGGUAAUCUAUUCUUUAGCUGUACCGGACAGACGGCUAUUGCAGUAGAACAUGAUGAAGGUGCACGGGGUGUUAUCUAUGACGUUUGGAAAUCGAACAGAACAAUUACCUAUUCAGAGAACCUUAGACAGUAUCUGUUCAGAAAAGGAUAUUACACGCCAAUUACAGAUUGUUUUGACGACGAAUUUCAAGAGGGCGGUGACAGUCCUAUCAUUGCAUUAUGUUUACGGCACUCUAGGAUCGAAGCUGAUGUUAACUUCACAUUAGCAAACUUAACUAGUGAGCAGCAGAAACGAAUAAUCCUAAUAAUGCUCCAUUAUCGAAAAGAAGAUACAAAUAUCAAUUUAAAUGACAAUCAAUUCAAAAAGCAAUAUCCCGGAAUUACUGUUCAUAAUUGUUUUCUUCAACGAGAUCAUGAAAACAUUGAAGAAGUGAAUAGAGACGUCUGCAAAGACUUGGCAAGAAGAGAAAUAAACGAUAUACGAAGGAGUCAAAAACAAAAAGCUUUACGACAAAAAACGUGAUUCAUUUCUCGUAUAUUAGCUUCAUAGAAUCAUCGGAAAUUUUAAACUUAUCGUCAAUAUAUAUGUAAAGAUGUUUUGUUAAAUUUCGUACUGUUCGUAUUUAUCGAUUUAAAAAAAGGCAUAUUUGCUUAAACAUAUGUUGCACAGUAUUAUAAAUGUAUGUUUACCGUUCAUAUGUCGAAAAGCGUUUAUGUUUUAUUGAAGCGGUGAUCAGGCCGUAGUUUAAAUUGGUCUCUGGCAAGUGACCUAUUAGAAAUCCAGAUAGAGUAAUGCGUUGUCCUUCUUAAACACAUGACAAAAAGCUUUGCCACAGCUGAUACCUUGAACAUGUUAUAAAACAAAAGGAAUGAUCUGAGAAUUCAUACGAUUCCGUGCGUGAACAAACGUUUUCCUGUGUCAUCCUAAUAAUGGAUCUGUGUUAUUAUACACAAGAGCAGUGGUGUUGCAGUCUCGAAACAUUAUGACUGAUCCUGCUUUGACACACAACGGCCUAUGACAACAUGCCUUGUUUUAUAGUAAUAGUGUAGCACUGUUAUGCCCUUGUUUUAACUCGGGUAGUACACAAAGACGGCCAUGACCAAUACCUGACUAUUGGUUAAUAUAAUAAUGUAAACAAAACGUAAUUCUCUAAUGUUUCUACUUAAAGUUAAUUAAAACAUGCUAUCGAAUUCACCCCUGAAUAGGAAGGUAAUAUGCCUGCAGUGGAAAAGGAAUAAGAAAUGCCUGUUGAUGAUAUGAAUUUGGCCGCUCCUGUUAAGGUGUCGCCACUGUAACUACAGUAUAACAGCUUAUCUAAUAUCAUCGACACAUUUUUGUUGUAGAAAAUCCCAAAGUUGAACUUUGUCUUUUGACCUGUUUUUUUAUUCAAUUUCUCAAAAUGACCACUUACCGAGCAUCUAUUCAUUUCCAUAAUAAGACAAAGAACCCAACAACAUAAUGGAUACUCCAUUAUAAACAGGUAAAAACCGAUUCCACCAGUGCAAAUCUGUUUUAACAUGAUCAGGAAUUUCACUUUCCGGAUGUGGAUUGACAUAAUGUAUUGACAUAACCAAUUCAACAAUCUACUAAUAAAAAUACGACCUGGCCUUACACAGGCUGUCAAAAAAUUAAGUUUACCAAUAAGAGAUUGUAAUUCUCUAAGUGUAGAUUUUGAUUUAUGCAACCAUGAAAUUAUCAGAGUUAUAAUUUCAUCUAACCUUUCACGAGUAACCUACAUAGUCAUGGAGUUUGUAUUAAACAAAACCACUAAAAACACCAUAUUUUCAUAGGGCGUACAAGCUUUAUCAAUGUAUUCUUCUAAACCUGCCUCCUUAAAUAUGUUUCUUAAACAAAGAAAGGCAAACUGAGCUUUAUCAUUAGUUUCAACACCUGCUAAAUCAUCUAAAUAAUUUAAUAUAGGCAUUCCUAAACGAAACAUCAAAAAAAUUAUAUAGCAGUAGUAACCGUUUGACAAAUGGCUGCAGCAUUUUUCAACCCCAUUGAUA